UGGCACCGGGCGGGGGAGGAAGCCGGGCAGCAUCCCCGGAGGAAGGCGGCGGGAGACCCCCCCUCCUUCCUCCCCCGAUCCCCGGAUCUGCUCAGGAAGCCGUGCAAAAAUAGCCAGCGGGGGCGGCGGGCUCAGCCGAGAGAAGCUGCAGAGAGCGCUUUCGCGGGGAUCGAACCUGUUGCUUGCGCAAGAAAAGCUGAGUUGCGGAAGGAUUGGAGGGUGGGAAGGGGGCGAGGGGCUGGGGAAGAGCGGAGCCCCCCCCCCGUCCCGCUCCUUCCCGAGGGGUGGGAUCUUGGGGGUGGGCUCUCUCUCUCCCCCCUCCCGCCCCGCAGAUGGGGGGCGCCAGGUUGGGGAAGCUACUGCUCACCCCCCCCCCCCAAGCCCCGUUGUGCCAAGGACUGCAGGCUUCUGGCUUGGCAUGGCCAAGAUUUGGUCCUUCUGCAGAGAUAGGGAGGAAGGGAGGGAGAGAGAGAGGGAAAGAAAGAAAAGGAGGGAGGGAGGGAGAGGGAGAAAGAGAAGGGAAGGAAGGAAGGAAGGAGAAGAAGGAAGAAAGAAGAAAGGAAGGAAGGAAGGAAGGAAGGAAUGUAACAGUAACAGAGUUGGAAGGGACCUUGGAGGUCAUCUAGUCCAACCUCCUGCUCAGGCAGGAGACCCCUACUAGGGAUUCGAACCUCCGAACUGCCAACCUUUCUGAUCGACAAUCUCGGUGUCUUAGCCACUGAACCACCUAGUGAGGCAAGAGAGAAGGAAGGAAAGAAAGGAAAGAAAGAGAGAGAGAGAGAGAGAGAGAGAGAAAGAGAGAGGGAGACAGAAAAAGAAGGAAAGAAAGAAAGGAAAGAAAGAGGAAACAGAAAAGAAAGAAAAGAAAGAAAGAAGGAAGAAAGAGAAAGAAAGAAAAAGAAAGAAAGAAAGAAAGAAAGAAAGAAAGAAAGAAAGAAAGAAACCGGGUUGAGUUAAGCAAGGAUGAAAUCUGCUCGGUGUCUUAGCCACUGAACCACCUAGUGAGGCAAGAGAGAAGGAAAGGAAAGAAAGAGAGAGAGAGAGAAAGAAAGAGAGAGGGAGACAGAGAAAGAAAAAGAAGGAAAGAAAGAAAGGAAAAAAAGAGAGGAAAGAGAAAAGAAAGAAAAGAAACAAGGAAGAAAGAGAGAGAGAGAGAGAGAAAGAAAGAAAGAAAGAAAGAAAGAAAGAAAGAAAGAAAGAAAAGAAAAAAAAAACCGGGUUGAGUUAAACAAGGAUGAAACCUGCUGUGUGAAGAAGAUGCCAACCUUGGCAUAAAAGUUCUCGACUUACGACUGCAAGGGAGUCCAAAGUUUCCAUUGCUGAGAGAGACAGCGGUUAAGCUGGUCUCUUCCGUCCAAGCUAUCAUGGCCACCCUCUCCGGCCUGGUUGUCAUUUUCAGCUGCAAAGAUGUGGUACACGGCAGACACUGGAUCGCCAGGGAGUAUGUCUGGAUCGUGGUGUCAUACAUGACCUAUGAUAUCUACGUCAUGUAUCUUUGCCACUGGCACAAGACUCAAGACAAAGGGCCAGCAGACGGGAAGAACUUCUGGGAGAACCUCCGAAGCUUUCUUCAGAAGGAACGGCUGAUGGUCACCCACCACCUCUUCAUCCUCCUCGUCUUAACGCCGGUCGCUGUGCAUCUGCGAGGUGAACUCGGAGAUUUUUUCGUGGGCUGCAUCUUCACUGCUGAGCUCAGCACCCCAUUUGUAUCCCUGGGGAAGAUCCUGAUGCAGCUGAAAAUGCAAGAUUCCCUCCUGCAUAAGAUCAACGGGAUUCUCAUCCUGGUUACCUUCUUCCUUUGCCGGAUCCUCCUCUUCCCAUUCAUGUACUGGGCCUACGGGCAACAGAUGAACAUACCUAUCUAUGAGGUGCCCUUUCGCAUCCCUCUGCAUUGCAACGUGGCCAACGCCUUCUUAAUCGCGCCCCAGAUCUACUGGUUUAGCCUCAUCUGCCGCAAAGCAAUGAGGCUCUACAGCAGUUCUCCAGCACCAGAUCGAACGCGAUAGCAAAAAACGGCUAAACAUUCCCUUUGGAACCAACCUGCCUCACUUUAACAGAUUGGGGGAUUUGGGGGAGGCGCCAUUUUGCAACUGGCUGCCGUUCUUCCCAGCCGAGAUGGAGAAUCGCGAAUCACCUCCACGGAGGUGCCUUCGUGGUCGCCAAACAAUCACGAGCCUGGAGGCUGUAUGCUUUCCAAGCCUCCCCGUAUCCGUGCCCAGUGACUGCAGCGGUGUUCCAGAUGUGUUCCAGAUGUUGAAAGUGGAAACUGAGACUUGUGGCUGGCCAGCCUUGGAGGCCGUGAAAAUUCUACAAAUCUCAUCUUUUGCCCUGAGAUUUUCAGUUGGCAGUUUAGGGCAAUGAGGUCAAAGAACAUCACACAGCUUGAUCUACACGUCCUUCUUUGAUUAUCCCUCGUCGGAGUGUGUCCUGAUCUUUUCAUUUCCUCACCUUGAAAAAUUGCCGGCCUUCUAAACCAAGGGUGUCAAACUGGUGGCCCACGGACCGGAUACGUCACGCGCAGGCCACGCCCACCCCAGCUCUGUGAA